CGCGGCGCUGCGCUGCGUCGGCGCUGUGGGUGCCGGAAGAUGGCGGCGCGGCGCUGAGGGGCGGACGGGGCCGAGCGAGGAGGAGAAGGAGGUGGAGGUACCGCCGCGCUCCGGGCCUCCCAUGGCCGCUGGGCCGCCUCGGGAGUCGCGUCCCGUCCGAGCCGCUCCGCCGCGGGGCCGCACCGAGGCCGAGGGCCGCUGAGCGCCGCGCUCGGGCCUGCAACGCUCCGCGCCCGGCGGUGGCUGCGGGGGGAGGCCGGGCCGGGCCGGGCCCGAGCGUCGCGGGGCUCUGAGCGUCUCCCGAAGGCCCCGCGAUGUCCGAACCGCAGCCCCACGGCCACCACCCCCCGCCCAACCACACCGGGGCCGCGGGGGGAACCAACCGGGGCGGACGGAACGCGGCCCUCAAUCAGAACCCUCUGAUCAACGUCCGCGACCGCCUCUUCCACGCGCUCUUCUUCAAGAUGGCAGUGACCUACGCUCGCCUCUUCCCUCCCUCGUUCCGCCGGGUCUUCGAGUUCUUCGUGCUGCUCAAGGCUCUCUUCGUGCUCUUCAUCCUGGCAUACAUUCACAUCGCCUUCUCCCGCUCGCCCAUUAACUGUUUGGAGCACGUGAGGGACAAAUGGCCACGAGACGGCAUCCUGCGGGUGGAAAUCCAGCGCAACUCCAGCCGAGCCUCCAUCUUCCUGCAGUUCUGUGGUGCUGAGAAGUUCCCAGGGAUGGUAGUCGAGCCCACGGCUGAGGAAGAGGAGGAGGAAGAAGAGGAAAUGACCGUGGAUAUGUUUGAAAACAGCUCUGUCAAGUUUGAGCUGGAUAUAGAGCCCAAGGUGUUCCUCAAGCCAUCCCGGAUGGGCAGCACCGAGGCGCUGGCCCACAACGAAAGCCAGGAGUUCUCGUUUAGUGAAGCAGCCACUAAAGGUAUGCAGCCUCUGCGGGAGACUGUGUCCGAGUUUGAGAUGCUAGCCAGAGCAGUGUGGCCGCAGGAAGAGUACAUUGUGGAGUACUCCUUGGAGUAUGGGUUCCUGCGCCUGUCCCAGAGCACGCGCCAGCGCCUCAGCAUCCCUGUGAUGGUGGUGACUUUGGAUCCUACCAGGGAUCAGUGCUUUGGGGACAGGUUCAGUCGUCUGUUGCUGGAUGAGUUCCUGGGUUAUGAUGACAUCCUGAUGUCAAGUGUCAAAGCCUUAGCUGAAAAUGAAGAAAACAAAGGCUUCCUUCGCAACGUGGUGUCUGGGGAGCACUAUCGCUUUGUCAGCAUGUGGAUGGCUAGGACGUCCUACCUGGCAGCCUUUGUCAUCAUGGUCAUAUUUACUCUGUCCGUUUCGAUGCUCUUGCGCUACUCACACCAUCAGAUCUUUGUUUUCAUUGUUGACCUGUUGCAGAUGCUGGAAAUGAACAUGACAAUUGCAUUCCCUGCAGCUCCCCUGCUCACUGUCAUUCUGGCUCUAGUAGGUAUGGAGGCCAUUAUGUCAGAGUUCUUCAAUGACACCACAACUGCGUUUUACAUCAUCCUCAUAGUGUGGCUGGCUGACCAGUAUGAUGCUAUCUGUUGCCACACCAAUACGAGUAAGAGGCAUUGGCUCAGGUUCUUUUAUCUGUACCACUUUGCCUUCUAUGCCUACCACUAUCGGUUCAACGGGCAGUACAGCAGCCUGGCUCUGGUCACCUCGUGGCUGUUCAUCCAGCAUUCGAUGAUUUACUUCUUCCACCACUACGAGCUGCCGGCUAUUCUCCGGCAGAUCAGGAUCCAGGAGAUGCUGCUGCAGAACCAGCAGGUGGGCCAGGGCACUCAGACGACGCUCCAGGACAACCUCAACAACAACACUACCCCAGCCGGGGGGGAAGUGGGGGGUCACCGGCCCCACUUGGCUGCAGACCCCUCGGGGGAGGGCAGCAGCCCGGCGGCGCUGGCCCCCAGCGAGGCCUCCAGCGUCAUCGCCACCGCCGCAGCCGCCUCUGUUGGGAGUGACCUGAACUGGGUCGCUGAGACGGCCGCCAUCGUGACGGAGGCCUCGUUUCUUUCCGACCUGAGCUCCACCCUCCUGGAGCCGAACGCGGUGCACGAAGCCGUGGCCGCUGGGAGCCCUCAGGACGCUGCCGCCGCCGCCGCCUCCGGUUUGGUCGCACGCAUCAGGGUGAGCAGCGAGCACCCGGACACUGCUGUGGGCUCCAUCACCAUUGAAGUCACUUCAGCACCUGCGGUCGCUGCCGCAGAUGGUUCCCCUGCCACGGAGGCGGCACCAGCACCGUCCCCCAUCCCGGUGCAGGAGGAUGGGGCCUCCGUCCCCAGCCCUUCCCCUGCUGAGCAGACUGAGGCUGCGGAGAGCUCGGACAGCCGAGCAAAACCCGGUGGCAAGAACUGCACCGGGAACGGCAGCGUGGCAGAGUCCCCUCCGGCCUUCGUGGAGAACACUGAGCAGGACAAACUCUUGGGCUGCGCCCUUGGGGACCGGGGGGAGAGCGGCCCUUGCCCAGCACCAGCGGAUAGUACAGCUAGCUCCACGCCUUGCUCGGAACCAGACUCGAGGAGCCUGUCUUGAGUCCUUGUUGCUGUCACUCUGGACUGCCAGGAAGGCAUCUGGAUUUCGUUUGUUACUCUUUCUCACUUCACCAUCAUCCUUAACCCGUGAAUUCCUCUUCAUGGAGGCAGAGCAGCUGGGACAGAGACAAGAUGCUGCAGUGAACUCCCCGGAGAAAUGCACACGUGUGUGCACGUAUGAGGCUGGCACACGUGGGACUGCUCAGUGCCAGAUUCUCCCUGCAGGGAGGAGAGAACUAAGGCACGUUGGCUCCCUCUGCCUGCAAGGCACCGGGGGAGCCUUGUGCCACUGCUGAGGCUGUGGGUGAGCAGGCUGGCCAUGUUCUCUGUGCUGUCAGUGCGCUGUCACAUCUCUCCUGUGCCCCCUGAGGUUGUGUUGGCAGUCUGGGUGUUGCUUGCAAGUAUGAGCUGAUUUGUGACAAACCACGUGUGUGCACGGUGACUCUCUGGUUAGAAUAGCAACUGCAUGUGAGCAGGGUGAGCAUCUUGAGACACCCUUGGGAGAGCAACCCACAGCCGAGGAGAAAACAAGUCACCGUCCCUUUUCUAGGGGAAAAGAAGCUCAGUACCUCCUCCCAACACUGGAGCUGGGUAAUAACCAAAGCAGAAACUGCAUUUUAGCCCCAUUUUUUUUUUCCCCUGACAUUAAACUUCCUUUAGUCAGUGGGUUUGGGAGUAGAAGUGACCAGGUCCAGGUUAGAGCAUCCACCCAAGGAAGGACGCAUCUGACUGCGCUUGGAAGCAGGAGAGGAGAUGUUCAGCCCUGGAGCAAUGCUGUCCCCUUCUGCUGCUGGUGACUCUGCAAGACCCUGGUGAGUUUGGCCCCUCUUCAAGUGCGUGUGGCCAGCAUGAAGUGGGAGCUCCUGCCACGGGCAAAUGGUAUCAAUUAAUAUCCUCUGGGAGCUGACCUGUGGCCUCAGUGUCUGUUGUAGGGGAGGAGGACAGCAGCUCUGUCCCUGUACAGCUCUGCUUUCGGCACCUGCAGCUGCAGGUGAGGUAGUUUGUUUUUCAGUGCCUUGUCCUUUAACCAGGACACGUUUGUGUUCAAGAUCAGCCCCGUCCCUGAGGAGAGAUUGGCAUUGUGCUGGCUCAGUCGUUGCGUGAGUUGGUUUAGCAAAGAACCAAAACACUAAAGACGAAUUUCAGCUCGCUUUCCCUCCCUUCCCUGGCAGCAGAGGUGAAGCUUGGAUUUGUGCCUCAGCCCUGUGUGCUACACCUGGCGCCCCAGGGCUUGGUUGGGCCCAGGUGGGGGUAGAGAUUGAUGCUUGCAGGUAGAGCAGGACUCCUGCAACAGCAGUGAGGCAGGAGAGCGCCGUGUCUGCAGGGCUGGGAGGAGAGAAGCUCAGGGAGAAACGUGCUGGGAAGGGGCAACGCUGGGAGGAGGGGGGGGAGGGGAUGGUGCUUGGGCUGUGUGGGGGACUCCAGCCUCCCCAGCAGCAUCAGUGGUGCCCCCCCCCCCCCCCCCUUCGAGGCCUCGUGGGCACUGCCAUGGCUUCCACCGGGCGUGGGUUUCCAUGUUGGCACUGGGGGGACUCGCAGCCCCCUGGCUUCAUUUUCUCUGCAUUUCCCACCCGGGUGCCCUGUUGUUUUUUGUCUUUUUUGUCUCGAUGAGCCCCGGGUGCUGCUCUAGGGCACGGGGCAGACCCUUCAGCAGCCACGUACCUGGGAGGGCCAGGCAGUGUGACAAGGCUCCUGGGCACGGAUGUGCCACGGUGCGAGAGCAAGGAGUGACCGCAGGCUUUUAAGAGGAGCUGGUGGGUGGGAGGGGAAGGCAGGGAAACAAACCAAAUCAUUUGAUGAAUGAGGAGUAGAGUUCAUUCUAUUUAAUGUACAAAAUGUGUUUGUAUAUAAUAAUAAAUAUUAUAUCUAACA